CCCAAAGGCCCCCCAGCCGCCUACCGCCAGCUGUCCGGCUGCGCGACGGUCACGCCGCCCGGCCCCUGCUACACCACAGUGCCACAGCUCGCAUAAGGUGGACGCCCCAGGGCUUGGCUCAGGCUCCUGGUCCCAAGCGGAUUCACCAACAUGAGGACUUCCUUGCAGGCGGUGGCACUGUGGGGAAAGAAUGCCCCUCCCCACAGCAUCACUGCCAUCAUGAUCACAGAUGACCAGCAGACAAUUGUGACUGGAAGUCAGGAGGGGCAGCUCUGUCUCUGGAGCCUUUCACCUGAACUAAAGAUUUCAGCUAAGGAACUCCUAUUUGGUCAUUCUACUUCAGUAACAUGUUUAGCAAGAGCGAGGGACUUCUCUAAACAGCCAUAUGUCGUCAGUGCUGCUGAAAAUGGGGAGAUGUGUGUUUGGAAUGUCACCAAUGGACAGUGCGUGGAGAAGGCCACACUUCCUUACACGCACACUGCCAUCUGUUAUUACCACUGCUCAUUCCGGAUGACAGGAGAAGGCUGGCUUCUGUGCUGUGGAGAGUAUCAAGAUAUCCUUAUAAUUGAUGCCAAAACUUUGGCUGUCAUUAACACUUUCACAUCAUCUCAGUCUCCUGAUUGGAUCAACUGCAUGUGCAUUGUUCAUUCCAUGAGAAUUCAAGAAGAUUCUCUCUUGGUGGUAUCAGUAACUGGUGAGCUCAAAGUAUGGGAUCUCUCCUCAUCUAUCAAUAGCAUUCAGGAAAAGCAAGUUGUCUAUGAAAAAGAAUCCAAGUUUCUUGACUCUUUGAACUGCCAGACAAUACGAUUUUGUACAUAUACUGAGAGACUUCUGUUGGUGGUGUUUUCUAAAUGUUGGAAGGUUUAUGAUUAUUGUGAUUUUUCCCUUUUGUGGACUGAAGUUAGUAGAAAUGGGCAGUUCUUUGCUGGUGGAGAGGUGCUUGCUGCUCACAGAAUCCUCAUCUGGACAGAAGAUGGUCACAGUUAUAUCUAUCAGCUGCUGAACAGUGGCCUUUCAAAAAGCAUAUACCCUGCUGAUGGAAGAGUGCUUAAAGAGACCAUUUAUCCUCAUUUACUGUGCUCUACUUCUGUGGAGGAAAACAAGAACUUUCCCUUUGUUAUGGGCUACAUGAAUGAAAGGAAAGAGCCUUUUUAUAAGGUACUUUUCUCUGGUGAAGUCUCAGGAAGGAUUACUUUGUGGCACAUCCCUGAUGUUCCCAUAUCCAAGUUUGAUGGUUCUCCUAGGGAAAUACCAAUAACUACCACCUGGACACUUCAAGAUAAUUUUGAUAAGCAUCAAACUGUGUCUCAAAGUAUUAUUGACCAUUUCUCUGGGCUUGAAGAUGAGGCAGGAACUGUAGUAGUCACUUCAUCAGAGUACGUUCCAAGUCUUGAUAAACUAAUAUGUGGCUGUGAAGAUGGGACAAUUUUCAUUAUACAGGCUUUGAAUGCUGCCAAAGCAGGACUUCUAGAAGGGGGUUCUUUAUUAAAAGAUUCUCCCUCUCAUAAAGUUCUCAAAGGCCACCACCAAAGUGUAACUUCUUUACUUUAUCCACAUGGUCUAUCUUCGAAAUUAGACCAAAGUUGGAUGGUGUCUGGGGACCAAGGUUCCUGUGUGAUCUUGUGGGAUAUCUUUACUGAAGACAUUUUGCAUAAGUUCUUUUUGGAAGCCGGUCCAGUAACAAGCCUUUUGAUGUCACCAGAGAACUUCAGACUGAGGGAUGAUCAGAUAAUUUGCUGUGUGUGCAGUGACCAUUCUGUGUCUCUCCUUCACCUGGAAGGGAGGAGGUGCCUCCUGCGUGCUCGGAAGCAUCUUUUCCCUGUGAGGAUGAUAAAAUGGCACCCAGUUGAGAACUUUUUAAUUGUUGGAUGUGCUGACGAUUCUGUCUAUAUCUGGGAAAUUGAAACAGGCACUUUGGAAAGACAUGAGACAGGAGAAAGAGCGAGAAUUAUUCUUAAUUGUUGUGAUGAUUUGCAGCUUCUAAAGCCUGAACCUGCACUUUCAGUUGCCUCAGAGACACAUAAGCACAAAAGUAUAGAACAGAGAUCCUCCAGCUCCCACCAGCUUGGGCCAAUACCUUGCCCUGGUCUGCAGGUGGAGUCUUCAUGUAAGGUUGCUGAUGCUAAGUCUUUCCCAACACCUUUUAAUGUCUUGCCUGUGAAAACAAAAUGGAGUAACGUUGGCUUUCAUAUUCUUCUAUUUGAUCUUGAAAACCUUGUUAAACUUUUGCUGCCGACUCCACUCAGUGCUGCUGACCCUUCCAAUUCAUUCUAUGGUAGUGAAAUCUUGAGGAGAGCCAAGAGCACAGUAGAGAAGAAGACCCUGACAAUAAAAAGAAAUAAAACUGCUAGUGGUUCUCUCUCAGCAGAGGCCCAAGCCAAGCCUCUCAUUGAUGGCCUGAUCCAAGGAAACAAUGCCAUCAAAUUCAUAGAAGAAAAUGAUGAUAAUAAAAGGCAGAAGAAAACAAAGAGCUCCAAGAAGAAGCAUACCAAAGCAUCAAGAAAAGUUGAUGCCAACCUCACAAUAGACACUGCUAAAUUGUUUCUGUCCUGCCUUUUGCCAUGGGGAGUGGAUAAAGAACUAGAUAAUCUCUGCAUUAAUCAUCUCAAUAUUUUAAAGCUUCAGGGUCCUGUUUCCUUAGGGCUUGCUUCAAAUGAAGACCACUUCUCAUUGAUGCUGCCAGGUUGGGAUUUAUGCAAUGCUGAAAUGAAGAAAGAGUACUCGAGAGUAAAUUUGUUUUCCAGAAAAGUUUUGGACUUGUCAAAUAAAUACACAGCCACUCUUCCAAAUCAUGUUGGAACACCAAGAGGACUGGAAAAUAAUUGUGAUUCUUUGGAGGAGUCAAAUACUAUAGUUUAUUUAUUGAGCAGACUCUUUUUAGUUAAUAAGUUAGUCAACAUGCCUUCAGAACUGGCCUGUGAUUUUGACAGAUUCUUCAAAACAGAAUCUAUACAUAAUAAGGUGAAAAGUCCUGGGAAUGAUAUUUUGCAUAUUUCAAGCUUCUAUGGUUACUUAAGAAAUGGUAAGAAUGAAUCUCAUACACCUGACGCUGACCUUCCGCUUUUGAAGCUAAUCUCAUGUUGGCGAGACCAGUCUGUGCAGGUAACUGAAGCAAUACAAGCUGUUCUCUUGGCUGAAGUGCAACAGCACAUGAAAAGUUUGAGAAAGACGCCAAUUGACAGUCAACCAGUGUCCACAGCAGAGAAUGGUAACUGUGAGAUGAUGCAGAUCCCAAUGAAGAAGGAGUGGGCUGAGGAACUAGAAUUACAGUGUAUUAGAAACACUUCAGCUCCGCAAAGAAGAAGAAAUAUUGUAUAGAAAAUGAAACCAGUUUUACAGUUGGACCAUUUGAUUUUUAUAAUUAACUUUUUCAUUAUAGCUUCAUAAUAAAAAUAAUAAUGUUUAUGGUUUAUGGCUAGCAGAUCAAUCCAAAUUAAUAUAAUACAGUGUUAACUGUUUUUUAAAUCCCAAUUACCAUGACUUUUUAAAAAAGCAACUAAAACACAAAAAAUUAACUACAAACUUUAUUAGUAAGCUUUUGAUGAAUAGUUAAUUUGUAAUGUGAUUGAGUGUUUUGGACAGGAAAACAUAUUAUAAACAUAUAUAUUCAAGAUUGUUAAAAUUGUCAGAUGUUUCUUCAAUCUCUCAAAAGAGAUUUUAUUUUUAUUUAUUUGAGACUCAGAAAUUUGUUAUAUUUCUAAUGUUAAAUCUUAGAACCGGUAUCAUUCUUGGAAAUACAAUUAUUUAUACUUGUUAUUUUAUAAAAUUACUUAUGGGAGAGUGUUAUGUGGUGAGAGAUAAAAAGGCAUAUUCAGAAUAGGCCAAAGAGUAAAAAAAUAAAAAUAAAACUAGAAUAUUUCUAGAUGCCAGAAAGGCCCUGAUGAUGGAAAAUUCAGUAAAUACUUUGACAAAGCUAGAUGGCUAUUUCAACUUGUUGAUUUGUUGUUUGUUUUUAGUUAUUUGGUAAUAUCUCUAUGAAGAACUCGUUUUUUGUAUCGCAUGACUGCAGUUAUAUUACACCUUUUAAGUAAGAAGUAUAAAAAUUCCUUUUUACUUAAAUUUCAGUGACUACAUUGAGCUCUUGACUCAUACAGAGAGCCACCCUUGGUGCCAUUGGUAGGUUUCUUCCAAGUCCCCAAAGCCUGUAUCAUUGAUCAUGUGAAGUAGCUUUUAUGAGCAUUAUCUUUAAUCUUCAGGGUUUACCUUAUUCUUUGCCCAUUUUUUUUUUCUGGGCAAGAAGCUCUUGGUAGACUAUCAAAGUGAAACUUGAGAUAAGUUUUGCUGUCACAUGCCUUACCCAUAUUUGUACUUCCACCAGAUUGGACCCAGUUCUAACCCCAGAUCAUUCUCAAACGUAAUAACUGUUCUUGACACAAUGGAAUCUCAUCUAACUGUGACUGAAGACAUUUGGACUUUAAGCUUGGCAUUAACUGUCCUGAUCAGUUAUGAAAAGAUUUUUUCUUUGCUUAUGAAAAAAAUAAUAAUUGGGGUUAACUUCUGAUAAGAAUUGGAACACUGAAGUAUUAAACUAAUUUAUAUGUUGGUGGAUGAGUUUUAGAAUAUUUUAUUAAACAAAUAACACAUUCACAAAAUGUGGAACAUGUAUUUUCUCAAGGAAUAUUACUUGCACGAAAAUACUAACUACUUUGCAAUUAAAUAUGAAAUACAUCAUAGGCAUUAAAGAGGAAACUAUCCAAACAAUAUUAUAUUAAAUUGCCCUUUUCCCCUUUGGGAAAAGAUGUGUUUUUAAAUGAUUCAAAAGAACUUAGUAAAAUGAUAGUAAAAGAUCUUAGAAUUCCAAUAUAGUGAUAUGUACUAUAUUAUAUGAUGGUAUUUGGAAGACAAAAAAAAACUGCUUUAUUUCAAAUGUUCAGAGAAAAAGUUAAAAAGAUGGUGGAGGGGCUAUUGGUGUGAUGAUCCUCAAAUCUAACAGGCAAAUUUACUUAGCCCAAGUAUCACUGUAACAUAUAUUAUUUUACAAGUAUUCUUAUGAUAAAUGGUAUAUUUUAAUUUUAUAAGGUUCUUGAUCAUUUGUCUCUUCUGAGCUCUCUCCACCUCCUGCUUUUUUCCUGAUUUUUUUUCUUGUUUUUUUGGCAAUACAUCUUUUUUGUGGAUCAGUUGUAAAGUAAAAGAUGAUAGUUUUGUUUUGCAUGGGUAAUCAUAAAUUUGUAUUAUGAUAGAAUGAAGUAUAUUUUGUUUAUUAGCUAUAUGUAAUAUAGUAAUAAUAAAUCAUGGAAAAAUAAUAAUAAUUAUUGAGGUUUUGUUUUUUGUCUUUUGAUUUUGUUUUUGUUUUUUUGGUACCAGGGAUUGAACCCAAUGGCACUUAAACACUAAGCCACAUCUCCAGCCAUUUUUAUGUUUUAUUUUGAGACAGAGUCUCAUUAAGUAGCUUAGCGCCUCCCUAAGUUGAUGAAGCUGGUUUUGAACUCACAGUCCUCGUGCCUCAGCCUCCCCAGCCAUUGGGAUUCUAGGCAUAUGCCACUGAACUCAGCAAUUAUUGAGUUCCUUCUUUUUUUUUUUUUUUUUUUUUUUGGAGGGGGGUUCCAGAGAUUGAACUCAUGGGCAAUCAACCACUGACCCACAUCCCCAGUCCUAUUUUGUAUUUUAUUUAGAGACAGGGUAUUACUGAGUUGCUUAGCACCUUGCUUUUGCUGAGGCUGGCUUUGAACUCACAAUCCUCCUGUUUUAGCCUCCCGAGCCACUGGAGUUACAGGCGUUCACCACUGCAUCCAGCCAUUAUUGAACUCUUAAUGCAUUCCAACACUAUGCAAAGUAAAUUUUGAAUGUUUUCUCACUUUUUUCUUAAAUUCUCAUAUAAUCCACAGGAAGCCUAAGACUAUACUUCCAACAGUUGAAUCCUCUGUGCAGAUAACUUCACCACUCUUUAAAUGUCCAUGUUUAUGGACAUGAAGUUUCCAAGUAAAACUGAAAAGAACCAUUCUUUGAGAAAGAUAGAUUUCCCUUCUGCUGCGUAGGUUGGGCCUAAGAAACUACCUCUUGAAUUUUUAAAUUAUACACACACACACACACACACACAUAUUAUAUACCUAUAUAUACACAUAUGUACCCACAUAUAUAUUUAUCUACAUAUAUUUCUCAUUCAUAUUAAAUACAGUUUUAAAAUUAUGCCAUAACCAUACCAGCUACUUUGAAUGUCACCAGAGGUAUACACCUUGUACUAUAAGCUAUACUUCCUAUUAUUUAUUAUUAUCCCACUUUUAAAAUGAAUAAACUGGGGCAUAAGAGAGUAUGUGUGUUGCCUACAGUCACAAAAUUAAUAAAAAUAGGAAUGCAAACCCAGAUAUUCUCUUAAACGUUCUACUCUUAUCUAGUGAGCUAUAUUCUCUCUACUGGCAGCAUGACAGAAAUUUGCUCUAAAUCAGCUUGAUCUAAAAAUUGAAUAAUUUAUUGAAUGGUUUUCUUAGAUUUUUAUUCCUCUCUCAUAAAUCAUACUUUCUAUUACCAAAGAAAAUUCAAAGUGUUCAAUCAUUGCCAUCUCAGCCCUCACAAUAGAGAAAAUCACCAGGUUUAUGGAACUAUUUGUACAAGGUGCAUCUGGGAACACUGGAAAUCAAAUGAAGUGAAAGUUGAAGUAUAAUGUGUGUUUGAACCCUGUAAUUUUGUGUCUUGUUUCUUUUUCAGUGUUUUGUUACAUUUCACAGCAUGUAUUUUAUUUGAACUCUUAAUAUUUGAGUAUCAAUGUUUUAUGUGAAAGUGGUGUGGAUUUUAUCUGUUUAUGUUUUUACAGUGAUUACAUUGGUGUCAUCCUUGAAACUCUUUUUUAAAAAUUAUGUAAUUAAUACUCACAUUCAAAACUAAAAUUCAUUGCUUUAAAAACAGCAAUGGUUUUCAUUAUUAAGCUGUAUCUGAAAGUUAACCACCACCCUUUUUUUGUUUGAAUGUUUUUUGGAUAAGCUUAAAUAAGUAAUCUAAAUUGUUCCAUUAAAUAAAUUGGUUCGAAUAGAAAAGGAGGCUUUGUAGAUAAAACUGUCACCUUGGAAUUAUUGGCUGAAUUUAAAUUUCACGUUAAACUGUGGUUGUGAAGAUGAUGCAUCAUAUAUAGAUAUUUCAAAUAAUCUUUACUACAUGCAUCAUAUUGAAAUAUUUAUCUAGAAAAUUAAAUAACAAAAGUGUGCUUUCUGUUUAAAUAAAACCAUGUGUUUGUUGUAAAUCAAGGAAAUAAAUAUCUAUUCAAUAGAAAGUUUUGAUGGUCCUGCUGUGGUAGGCUUCUGCUGCCAGCUGAGCCUCUCAGAAGGAAAAACCGUCUGAUUGUAGAAAGUCUUUGAAAUGUACUUGUCUCCCUCACACUUUAGUUCACCCACUGUGAGGUCUCCAAGCUGAAGUUAUUAUGGCUACAGAAGUCAUCUAGGAAAGGUCUGAGUGAUAUUAAGUGAGCAAGGAACAAUAGGAAAUGGGGGAACCCAGCAUAGAAGGCCUGUGUGUCACAGUGAGGUCUUGGGUGCUUG